UUCGAGGCAGCCUCCUCUUGGAGGGGAUUUGUGCGAGCGGUUAGGGGAAGAGGGGACCUGCACCCGGAUGUAGGAAAACUCCCCCAUCCGGCAGCAAGCCUGCUUCAGAGCUUCCAGCGGGAGGGAACACCGGCCGUGAUGUCAGGCCCCCCAUGGACACAGGGACAGAUCGCUGCCGCAAUGGCAAGGGGGCCACACAAAUCUCCAACAACGGCAUUGAGUUCCUCCGAGAGGAGUAUGCGGACAUGAUGGACAAACAGCAGUGGACCGUUCUGCCAGCCCGUUUAGUAACCAAAAUAAAGGGAUUGCGGUUAAGCCCCUUAGGUUUAGUGCCACAAAGAGGUCGGAGGGACCGCAUGAUAUCUGACUACAGCUAUUUUGGCGUGAACAAGGCAACGGUCUCGGAAGCCCCCGUGGAAGCCAUGCAGUUUGGCCGAGCAUUGAAGAGGCUGCUGCAGCGCAUCCAUAGAGCGAAUGAUCGGUUCGGACCAGUCUAUAUGUCCAAGAUAGACCUCUCAGACGGCUUCUACCGGUUAUGGGUUAAGCCAGAAGACACGAUCUGUCUUGCAGUACUCUUUCCCACACGGGAAGGGGAGGAACCGCUUAUUGGGGUCCCGUUAACCAACCCAAUGGGGUGGUGCUCAUCACCCCCAAACUUCAGUGCCUGCACCGAAACAGUAGCUGACCUAGCUAACUCCCUACUGGCAGAACAGGGGGGCCUACUUCGAAUGAGGGGGCGCCCUCACCGACUGGAUGAAAUAUCCGAGUCGGCAGGGGAAGCCGCCGAGGGAGAAGAACACUCCCUGCAAGCCAAGUUGCCCUCUGCGAGAACAACCACACCAGCUAAGGCCCCAGUACGGUAUUGGGACAUUUAUGUGGAUGAUUUCUGUGGACUGGUCCAAGGUAACAAGUGGACACGGAGAGCCGUGAAAAGGGCCCUCCUUCACUCUUUGGACCGUGUGUUUCGACCGCUAGAUAAGGAAGACACGCCCUACAGACAGGAGCCAGCCUCCCUCAAGAAGCUAAAGAAAGGAGAUGCUACCUGGGCCACAUCCAAGAUCAUCCUAGGCUGGCUCCUAAACACCGAACACAAAACCAUCAGUCUCCCUCCUCACCGAGUCGAACGCUUGCGGUCUGUUCUGGGGAGCAUUGAGCCACGGCAGAAAUAUGCUGGAGUCGCGGAGUGGCAUAGACUCCUAGGUGAGCUAAGGUUGAUGUCCAUAGCUCUCCCGGGGUCCCUCGGACUGUUUUCCAUGUUACAAGAGGCCCUAAGACACAAGGAACAAGGUUGACAGCGGAUACGACUCACAGGCUCACUUCACAGUUUCCUGGAGGACUUUCGGUGGCUUGCCGAGGACAUAGUGGCUAGACCCACUCGAAUCGCCGAGUUAGUGCCAGACAUAUGGCCUGCCACCAUAGGAGCUUGUGAUGCAGCAGGAGCAGGAAUGGGGGGGGUCCACUUCAUUCCCCUAUCGAGUGGACAAAUACAGCCCAUUUAUUGGUGCCACUCCUUUCCCCCAUGGGUCCGUAGGGACUUAGUGUCCUUCUCCAAUCCCACAGGAUCCAUCACUAAUAGCGAAUUAGAGCUGGCCGGUUCAAUCGCCCACUUGGAUGUACUAGCCCAGUUUGCGGAGGUUACGGAAAGAACUGUCCACAACCUCUAUGAUAACACAGCAACAGUUCACUGGCAAAGAAAGGGAGCCGCGACAACCACUGGACCAGUCGCAUACCUCCUUCGGCUGCAGUCCUUGCACCAACGGGUGUUCAGAUAUGUCCCCCUGCAUGAUUACAUCCCAGGGCCAGCCAAUGUGAUGGCUGACACCCUGUCCCGUGCUUGGCAUCUCUCUGCACUCUCACCCGCGCAACUGUUGCAUCACUUCAACCACACUUAUCCACAGACCUUGCCCUGGAUCGAAUGCCACCUCAGGAGGCCCUUUUAUUCAAGUCUGAUCUUGGGGCUGUCCAAGAGGAGAUGCGAUCCAGUGUCACUGAAGGGUAUGCCCGCAAAAAGGAUGCCCAUUGGGACUGCUGGGUUGGCUUCUGUCUGUCUCAUGGGCUGGACCCCUUCCUCGCAAAGGCCGGAGACCCGGUCCCUUAUCUGCAAGUCUUUGGAGCCAGAUACCAAGACGGACGGGCCUCCCCCAGCGGUAAACGUGCGAGAGCUCACACGGUAUCGGACGCCCUCAGGUCAGUGGGACAGAAGAUCACCAGGGUGGGGGCCCCAGACCCUAGGUUCAACAGGUUCGGGGAACUAGAUUACAGGCUCACAGCUCAACUCCGCUCGUACCGGAAGAAAGAGGCCCCACCUUCUCGUGUAAAACCAGUUCCCAUCACCAUCAUCAUUCACACUCUACAGUUUGCAUAUCGUCAGAGACCCACGGCCGAGCGGAAGGCAGUGGCCAAUAUGAUGUGCAUUGCCUUCUUCUUCUGCUUGAGGCCGGGGGAGUAUACAGGAACCACCACCGACGAUCAAGCCUUCACACUCGAUGAUGUCGCAUUCUUUAUCGGGGCCAGAAGGCUGCACUCUCCAACAGCCUCUGACGCCGAAAUAAAGGCAGCGACAUCCAUCCAGCUCACCUUCACCACACAGAAAAAUGGCAUCAAAGGGGACAUUAUUGCCCACUCGCGGAGUGGUGACCCCUUGUGCUGCCCAGUCACUGUGGUUAUUCGACAAUUCCUUCAACAUCGAACAGAGGCAGCGACGUCCUCCUACGACGGCACCAUCAAAUUAGCAAGUUACUAUAAUCACCAUGGCACCAACGUACGUGUAACGUCCUCAAUGGUAAUUACCACAAUGCGAUGGCAUGCCGCCAUCUUACAACAUGCAACUGGCAUAUGCCCCCGGUCCCUCAGCGCCCGGUCGCUGCGGGCGGGAGGGGCAAUGGCCCUGCUACAGGGAAAAUGCGACUCCAACGUGAUCAAACUCCUGGCCCGUUGGCAUAGUGAUGCCAUGAUGCGGUACCUACACCAACAAUCAGUACCGCUGUUUCGAAAUUUAGCAUCACUCAUGUUUAACAACGGCUCCUACAGCUUCCUGCCUGAGGAUUGCAAGGAUUCCGUACCGUCUGCGACGUGACCGGCAUCCCCGCGCUCAGCAAUUGUCCCAACGCCUCCUACAUGACCUCCGACCCGCUCCGCAUCCAUACUCACCCUCACACACUCCCUUCCGGCUCUCCCAACCCGCGCUUCGCUCCCCCCCGGUGACCUGUGGUCCUUUGGCAGAUACUAAUGAUACGUGUGCCGGUGGUGGGGAUCCGCAGGCUCCAGCGGAACAAGCAGUAACCCUAACUCUAUCCCCCCCCACAGGAAAAAGGGUUAGGGUUACUCAGUUUCCCUUAACACCUGCUUAAAACACCAACACACCCAAUAUCAGUAGAUCUAGGGGAUCUAGGAAACUAAGCAAGGUACUCGUUACGUAGGCUGUUUGUCGCAGACAAAAAGCUCGUACUACAAACAUCAAGCAUGCAUUUUUUGCCUUCAUUACGGUACAUACCUCGUACUCGUACUGAACGGUAUCGGCGAAAGCUGUACAUCAUAAUGAACUGUUCCGAGUAAAACGAAAGCUAGAAAACAACCACAGCAGAACCUGGAUCCUGAACGACAACGUGCCGAACCAACUUACGCCUCAAGCUAAAGGGUUCUACCAAAAAAGAAACAGAGGCUACCAAAUAAAAUUUAACGCCCUUCGACGCAAGGCACGUCAAUUAUUGGUCUUCCAAGAUGGGUGAAAGGAAAGUCCUCAACAAAUACAUCCCGGCCGAUUUCGACCCGUCUCUGAUCCCCCGCGGAAAGGCUCUUUCAAAAAAAGAUGGGACAGUCCCGGUACGAAUGAUGCUCCCCUUUUCAGUGCAGUGCAGCACCUGCAACACUUUUUUGUACAGGGGACGAAAAUUCAAUUCCAAAAAAGAACCCAUGGGAGGGGCUGAGGGUCGGUACCUGGGAAUUCAGCGCUUUCGGUUUUAUAUCAAGUGUACGCACUGCUCUAGGACGAUAUCCUUUUUAACGGAUCCCAAAAACGCGGACUACGAAAUGGAAUCGGGCGGAACUCGGAACUACGAGGUAUACAAGGACAAGGAACGAACCGAAGAGGAAAUGGCUCUUGAGAAGGAGAAGGACGAAAAGGAAGAUCCGAUGAAGGCCCUGGAAAAUCGGGUUUUGGAGAGCCAGCGAGAAAUGGCCGAUUUGGACAAUCUCGAGGAGAUUAGAGCAAUGAAUCACAAGCACUUAAAACUGAUGUCUUCAUCGGGUGAUGGUGGAUUCGACGCAAAAGCUGUCUUAAAAGCUCUGGACGAUCGGAUACAAGAAGAGGCUAUCCACGAAACGGAGGAACUAAACGAACACGGCACAACAGAAGAAGAAGAACGACUUAUCCAGUCUAUACGUUUCGGAAAGAAUAGGGGACAACAAAUUGCGGAUAGCACAGGGGGAGAAAUGAUGUACGGAGGCAGUGAAAGGGGAAAUAGGCCGGCUAGUACCGUCCUGCGUCUCGGCACCGACGACGAAAGACGGGAAGAAGAGAAACGAAAAAAAGACAUGGAACUCAUUCUGCAACGACAAAAAAAAGUGGACCACGGCUCGUCGAACGCCAACAAGACAACAUUCAUUGGUGCAUCUGUUAAAAUCAAGGUGAAAAGGAAAAAAGUUGUAGCAAAGGCAGACAGCAUGAAAAAAGCGAAAACAACGGACUCCAAAGCAACAUCGAGUGAGCCACCGGCACCGACGCCUACGGUCAAGACGAAUAGCCUGGCAAGCUUGUUAGGGGACUACGGAUCAUCGUCAGAAUCAGAUUGAUUGCAUUACAACAUCGGCAUACGGAAAACAUAGAAGUAUAUGGGGGGGAAACGCCUGAGAAGGACCCUAGUUUACUACUUCUACUAGAUCCCAGCCACAAUCGUGGUGCAUUGCAUGCGUGAUUGCCGGAUCGUGUUUUUGGAUGCAGUGCUACACGAAAACCGACCAAAAAAGUACCAACGAAAGUUUGCAACUACUAGCUACACCCUGAAGUAUAGAACCAUACUCUAGAUCUGCGUUUAGUUGAAGCCCUAAUUAUAGCUCUGGGACUUGGCUACGGCCAUAGCCCCAAUCACAGAUCUGGGGAGCAGUUAUGGCCCCACAAAAAUCGCGGUUUAGUAUCUGAAGAAAUGUCCAGUAAGAAGAAAUAGCCUUACUAGUUUGGCACAUUGCCAACAAGGCAAUGUUUCCCUAUUUUACUUUGGUAUUAUAGUAGUUGAUGAAGAGUCAUGUCAAAUGCAUCCACAUAUUGAUAGUUCUAGUUGAGAAAUACUAGUAGUUGUAACUGCAAACUACUACUGCUACCUAUUGAAUAAAAGUUAAUCCAUAGG